GUUUCCACAGAUAAAAUCCCCUAAAAUAAUUUCAGAGAUCAUUAACGAAAUUGGUUUGCCUCAAGAGAAAUGCUUGCCAAGUUAUUCCAGAUUUUAGCUUUUAUAUUUCUAGAAAGUUUGAGUCUUUCUGAGGGCGUAAACAUCGUUAAUGAAGAACAUAUCACGGAGCUUAUAGAGAAAAUAGUUGCUGAUAAAACAUUGGAAUUGAAAAUUCAAGUUCAAAAGCUAGAAAACGUCGUUGAAAACCAACAGUCGCGAAUAAACAAUCUAGAAAAGGAGGGAAGACGUAAUGAAAGAAUUAUAAGCUAUGUACAGAAAUUGUGGGCUGACAUGUAUCACGAGCUGAAAUCAAAUAGCUGGACAACUCCUGAUGAAGAUUUACCGGAUACUGUUAAAGAUAACUUUGAUGUAUCUGCUAACAAUACUGAGGACAGUUUAAUUGGCAAAGACAGAAACGCUUCAAUUGAUUUAGAACAAAAGCUGGCUACAAGUAGACCAAAUUCUAAUCGGAGAGACAAAAGAGUAAUGAAAUACAGACAGAGGCGUGUUCCGGAGGUUGUCGCAUUCACAGCGUAUCUGAGUCAUAACAUUGACCAUAUGGGACUUGGCCAUCAUAUCGUAUACGAUCGAGUUAUUACAAAUGAAGGGGCAGGAUACAAUGUUCACACGGGCAUAUUUACUGCGCCUUUGACCGGACUAUACUUAUUUACGUACUCAGCGAAUUCCCAUUAUGUACGAAGCAUGUUGGAGCUGGUGGUUGACGGCAAUAACAUCGUUGAUAUCAUUAUUGACCCAGUCUCUAAUAUAGAGACGAUGAGCUCUAACACGGCGAUAAUUCGCGUAACAAAAGGACAGUCUGUAUGGGUUCAAGAAUACAACAUACAUGAGGGUUCCAUUUUUUCAGAUAAUGUCUGGAGAUAUUGCACAUUUUCUGGAGUGUUUUUAUACUGAUUUUAGAAGACUUUAUUAAAAUAUCCAUACAACAAUA